AUGACAUCCGUUCUUGGCCACAUUGAGAGCCUCGAUUUUUCUGAAGAUUAUUCAAAUUGGCAAAAAGUGGAUCCAUUGCAACUUCUUUACGCCCCGCUUUUAUCCAAGUACGAUUCCAAGAACAACAAGGGCAUUUUUAAGACGCUGGAGCGAGAGGCUCGCAAUUGUGAUGUGUUGAUCCUUUGGACCGACUGUGAUCGGGAGGGAGAGGCCAUAGGCUCUAGUAUUGCCAAGAUCUGUCUUCAAGUCAACACACAUCUUUGCGUCAAGCGAGCAAGAUAUUCUUCGGUCACUGCAAAAGACAUUUACUAUUCAAUGUCAAGAUUGACAGAGCUGGACUAUAACCAGGCCAAAGCUGUCGAGGUCCGACAAGAAAUCGACCUCAGAACUGGAUGCGCAUUCACCAGAUUUCUGACUCUUGCAUAUCAAAGGACAAAUUCAAAAACCAUUAUCAGUUAUGGGCCUUGCCAGUUCCCCACUUUGGGAUUUGUUGUCGAGCAAUAUUGGCGAAGAAAAAAUUUCAUUUCAGAGCCCUUUUGGGCUAUCAAGCUCGAAAUCGAAAAGGCUACCCAGACCGUUCAUCUGGCAUGGGGGCGGAGUCGAUUGUUUGACCCACUUAUUGCCACGUUGAUUCUCGAGCGAUUGCUGCAAUCGCCAUUGGCCACUUAUUGCAUACUUUUCUUUCCCGUUAGCAAGCCAUAUCCGCUGACAACGAUUGCUUUACAAAAAUUUGCAUCAAGCUACUUGAAAAUCUCAUCCCACAAGCUGAUGAAGGUGGGAGACUUGUUUGUUUAUUUAGAUUGCCGAAUCGUUAUACAACCGGGGAUUCAUCAGCUAUCCAAGAACGGAGACCGAAGUAUUUCCAGCCUCCAAUCAUCCAAAAUGGGGCCCUUUUGCUGCAAGGUAUUGUCGAUUGGUCCUUUUGGUAGGCUUAUUGCAGAGCAAAGCGAAUUAUUCCAGCCUCCAAGAAAAGGAAAAAAAGAUGACCAGGCACAUCCACCCAUUCAUCCCACAAAGCCCGGGAUCGAGUUGGAAGGGGAAGAAUUCAAAAUUUACGAGUACAUCACGAGAAGAUUUCUGGCCUGCUGUUCAAAGGAUGCCGUUGGAUUUAAAGCCUCUGCCACAUUGACAAUUCGAGAUGAAGAGUCAUUCCAUUGCGAAGGCUCAUAUCCGACAGAACUAAAUUAUCUUGAGGUUUAUCAGCCAUAUGAGACUUGGAGUGCAGUUACACUCCCAAAGUUUACGCUGAACGAAAAGAUCAUGCCAAAGGAAUUGAAAAUUGACGCUGGAAGGACAACAGCUCCGCUGCUGCUAUCCGAAUCGGAUCUGAUUGCAACUAUGGAUCGGAAUGGAAUUGAGGCAGAUUCUGUUGGCUGGCAACAAGAUGCGCCCAGUGAGCAGUCCGGCACUUUCAUUUCGCGCGAAAAUGAAGAUGAUGAAUAUCGAAACACCACCAGCGACCAUGAUGACUUUGACGAGCAUGGCAAAAAGAGAAAACCCUGCAAACCGCCAAAAGCCAAGUCGAAAAAAGCAACCAAGACAUCUAGCCCCACCAGUGGGUACAGCGACAAUGUUGAAGAUGCUAACGCUGUCCAUUUGUGCAAUUGCAACCUUCCCGUUGUUAAAAGGAAGGUGAGCAAGAGUGGGCCAAAUACCGGCCGAUUCUUUUAUGUCUGCUCGCUUAAAGAGGGCUCCAGUUGCGGGGCUUUCUUAUGGGCAGAUGAUGUUGAAAACACCGUAAACGCUCCCAGACAAACUCGUGGUGGUUCCUUAGAUUUGCAUGCAAAUCAAACCAGGUUCAAAGGCGCAAAUGGCGCAAAAAGGCCAAGAGAUCAAUCUUGUGCGUCUGCAGACCUAUCUGACCCCACAUUAAAGUGCAAUUGUGGCCUGAUUGCAAAGGUUUCUAACGUCAAAGGCGGCCCCAAUGUUGGAAGGCCCUAUGCCACUUGUGUGAAAGCAUCUUCUACUCGCUGUAAAUACUAUGUUUGGCUUGAUGAUCACGAUCAUGCCGAUGAUCGCGCAAAUGGCAGCAGUGGUGGUGACCAUCGACGAAAGGGAAGCACGUCAAAUACCUCCUUUUCAAAUUAUUUUCCAAGCGAUUGCUAG